CCCCAUCAUCAUCAGCAGCAGCACCGCCUCAGAAGCCCAUCCCCUAGCGUCCGUCCAAGGGAUGUAGCCCGUACGCGCAUGGGCGGAGAAACUGCCGCUGUGCGCUGUUAUUAUUGUAAGAGUAAUUCCUUUUUUUACGAAAAUGGCGUCUAGUCAGGGAGGUGUGGGAGCUGUCACGGCUCUACAAAGCCAUCACUACUCCAGCGGACCUCCGUGGAGCCCAGGCAUCAGCCAGUACCAGCACCAGCAGCAGCAUCACACUGCCCGCAGCCUGGACCGGGCUCUGGAGGAUGCCGUGUGCUCCGGGCUCCUCAACCUGAGCGGCAGGAAGCUGAGGGAGUACCCGGGGAUGAGCUACGAUCUGACCGAUACAACACAAGCAGAUUUGUCCAAGAAUCGACUGACAGAAAUCCCCCCAGAAGUGUGUCUGUUCGCCCCACUCGAGUCGCUCAACCUCUACCACAACUGCAUCAAGUGCAUCCCAGAAGCCAUUAUCAAUCUGCAGAUACUGACUUAUCUUGAUAUCAGCCGAAAUCUUCUGUCAGUUUUGCCAAAAUACUUGUUCAGCCUCCCCCUCAAAGUUCUGCUUGUGAGCAACAACAAGCUCGUGUCCAUCCCCGAGGAGAUCGGCAAGGCCAAAGAGUUGAUGGAACUGGAUGUGAGCUGUAAUGAGAUCCAGGUGCUGCCAGCUCAGGUGGGGAGGCUUCAUGCCUUGCGAGAACUCAACAUCAGGAAGAAUUGUCUUCACAUGCUGCCUGAGGAGUUGGCUGACCUUCCUCUCAUCCGACUUGACUUUUCCUGCAAUAAGAUCACAGAGAUUCCUCCAACAUAUAGGAAACUCAGGCAGCUGCAGCACAUCAUCCUAGAUAACAAUCCUAUGCAGUCUCCACCAGCACAGAUUUGUCUCAAGGGCAAAGUGCAUAUAUUCAAGUACCUGAACAUCCAGGCGUGUAGGACGGACAAGAAACCGGACACCCUGGACCUCCCCUCCCUCGGCAAACGUUGCCUUCCCCAGCCACUUACAGAUAGCAUGGAAGAUUUUUAUCCCAGUAAGAACCACGGGCCUGACUCUGGAAUUGGUAGUGACAAUGGUGACAAGAGGCUGUCUACAACUGAGCCUUCAGACGACGACACCGUCAGCCUGCACUCUCAGGUCUCAGAGACAGCCCGUGCCGAUGCCCUCUCACUCCUCUCCAAAAUGGAUUCGUGCAAAGAUCAGGAUCUCUAUGACUUUAUAGACCCCAACCCGGACGAGGAUCCUGCUCUGUCAGAGUGUGACGGGCAGCAGAGCACUCAUGUGUCUUGUAUAAAGGAACUGGAAAAAGUUCUUAACAUGUCUCACCAAAGCAAAGAUAAAGACGUCUGGAAAGAGGAGUCAGGUUCUGAUAAGGAGCAGCUAGUUGAGGAAGAGGAUGACGAGCUGAAGGAAGUGCUGGAUCUGAGGAAGAUUGCUGUUCAGCUUUUGCAGCAGGAGCAGCAGAAUAGACGACGGUCAUUAAUUUGCAGAGCGGAGAGUCUUAUCCACCGACGGAGAGUGACUGGCCGGGCACACAGAUUCCUAAGUCACUCUGGAAGCUCAGGCAGCAAACCGAGGCCCCCGCCUCAGACCGCUCGCAGUGCUUCUCUGGAUGAAGGGAGUAGUGGAGCAUCAGUGCUGAGUGGACAGCCUUCUUCCUCCUGCUCCUUUGAUGGCAGCCUGAAGACAGAUCAGUCAGAUUCAGAGCCAAAGUGGCCCGAAGUCCCACCGGUCCUCAAUCAGAACGAAGAUCGCAGGAGGAACAAGUACCUGAGAAAAGAUUAUCUGAAGUACAAGUGUCAGAGUGCUCGGAAAAACUCCAGUGGGAACGACGACUGUGAGGAGGGUCUGCGCAACGCCGAUUUCAGCACCACUCUGACUGUGUUUGGACUGAAGCCGAGAUCAGCCUUCACCAGAGGAAGCCGCCAGGAGUACACCUCGACAGACCCCAGCUUCACUAUGAGGAGGAAGAUGGAGCACUUGAGAGAGGAGAUCGAACAGAUAGGACUCUUACGGCAGAACAUUGAGUGCAGACUGAAGGUGUUGCUCCCAGACGAUGUUGGAGCUGCUCUGAUGGACGGGGUUGUCCUUUGCCAUUUAGCCAAUCACAUUUGUCCUCGGUCUGUCGCCAGCAUCCAUGUGCCGUCUCCUGCAGUGCCAAAGCUUAGCAUGGCUAAAUGCCGUAGGAAUGUGGAGAACUUCUUGGAUGCCUGUAAGAAGCUGGGUGUCACACAGGACAAGCUGUGCUUGCCCCAUCACAUCCUAGAGGAGCGCGGCCUGGUGAAGGUUAGUGCGACUGUCCAGGCUCUGCUGGAUCUGCCUGCAUCGAGGCCCACUCAACUGUCAGCUGUUUGACACAUGCCUGAAUGCUGCGUCCAACCCGCGGUCAUCCAGCCAACCCCUCUCCCCAGCCCGAACCCACACCCCAUCGCCAGGGACCAGAGAGCCCCUCGGGGCGAGGACCCGGUGGCUCGUGGGUCUUUGGGAGUCUGCUUCUGUCUGACUGAAACAGGAGACGGCAGGGAGAAAUAACCUCUGUCUCUUUAUAUGAUGUCAGCCGCCACCCCACUUCCUGUCCAUCACAUUUUCACUUGUAUCCUGUUCCUAGUUACUGGGGUCCUCCUGUAUGUGUGUGGACUAGCAAUGUGACUGCGUGUUUCCUUGCUGAGGAGAGACAGAACCUGUACGUCCCUCUCAACAUGCUCAGUGAUUAUUGAGCCUGCAAAGUGACAGUACUGACAACAUUUCCAUGCUGGUGUUGGAGACAUUGGCAGUGAGGAGAUGACAGACAUGUGACUCACUCUUUCACUAAAGAGACAUAAGCUGCACGCUGGCCUCGCAGCCACAAACCACUGACUAACCUCAAGAGGAUCUUACACUCUUGAGUUUCUCUUCCUUUUGUGGAAUUUAUUUUUCCCAUGAAGAUUUAUUUUUAAAUUUAUUAGUGUUCUGUUUUUUGUUUUUUUUGCAUCAGGUUCCUACUGUAUCUGCUUUUCAGAAGCCAAACCUGAUUCAUAAGUUGUGUUGACUUAUUUGAGCAAUCACAUCUCCAGUGCUUUUUGAGGUGGAACUCAAGGCGUGCCUCUGGAAGUCAUGCUCUAGUAGACAUUCUGCCCGUUUCCCCUCAAACUCUGGUGUGGUUUUGACAUAUUUAAACUACUGUACAAAUCAAUACUUUCAAAAAACAAUACUUUUCUCAAUACAAACCUGCAUGCCAUGACAUUUGACCACUGUGAGAACAUGUGCUUGGCUUUGGCCAAAAGCACGACGGUCCCUUUUUGUAGCGUUUUUUUCAUUGUACAUGCAAAGUUUCUGUUUAUGAAAAUAUUCUGUAUUCCAACUUUUCUAAAGCUUUUAUACUUUCUUCCCAGUCAUUGCCAAUUAUCACUUGCCAAUUUAGUGGAGUUCAGAGGGUCAGUUAAGAUUUGAUUGCUUUGCAUAACCUCAGAUGAAACCUGUUGAUACUGUAUGUGUUUGUGAGCGGAGGGGUCUGAGUGAAGGGCCUCUGGGUCAGAAAGGACCAGUCACUCCUGCAACCCUUCCACCUCUUAUCUGCUGUAUGUGGUUUUUGAUACAAUUAAUUUUAUUUCAGGGAUAUGGAAUUAUUUAUGUAUUUAUUCAUUUGUUUUAUAUUUAUAUGUUGUUGCUUUGUGCGUCUUAACCCUGACCACCACUUCAGGUGCGGUGCAGCUGAACAUUAAUCAUCUCACGUAACUGAAAUGACUGAAAGUGUAGCUAUACUGGUCCUCUGUGAUUUAUUAGCAUUGGUGACAGCUGUCACACUUUUAUUAUUGUACAAUGAGAAUCACUCAGUGGGUGUGAGUUAAAAACAAAUAUGUUCACACCAUUUGUUAGUGGAGCUGACAGCAGUGUUGACAGCACAAGAGGUACCUGCAUAAUAUGCAAGAGCUGAUCAUGUUCACCAAGGACUUUAGAGGUAUUCUAAACUAAAAAUGAAUUACAGUAUUUGUCAUCUCUUCAUAAAGUUGUUGUAUUAAAUCUAAGUUAUUAGUUCCUUAUUUAAGGAUUAUUAUUUCUGCAGGGCAAUGUCAAUCUUGUUGUCAAGUGAUCGGCAUGUUAGUACAGGCAGCUGUGAAGCGCCAUUCAUUUUAAAAUUAGGUCUCCAACAUGCGAAAAAAAAAAAAAAAAUUCUAGUGGAAAGUAAAGUAAAGCUAAGUUUGACUAUGAAUUAAUUAUACCUUGAAAGUCUAUAAAUAUCAUCAUGUUAAACAGUAUCUAAUACAUGACAUAUUGUGCCUUAAAGGAGGGAUAUUCUUUGUUUUUUCUGCAGUUUAUGAAACGCACUUACGAUUAUUUUCUUUUGUAAAAAAUCCAUGAUUUGUAAUUUUCUGUCUGCGCACUUCUUUUUUCGGAGAAUGCUUUAGAUUGUGUGUAACAUAAGCAGAUUUUCUGCUGAUGAGCUAUGGCUCUGAUUGGCUGCCACACUGGAGGAGAAACAAGUUAGAGCUCAAUGUUAAAUGGUCUACAGUGCAUAGACAAACAAAAUCUUAGAGGGAGUAGUUGAGGUUUAAUUCACCGACCCUGGCAUGACAAGUAAGAGACAGCUUGUCCCUGUUAUUACUUUGCACCUCACUGAAGAAAUUCUAUUUCUGGCUUUGAAUGCUGUUCCUGAGAACCUCUGCCGUCUCUGAAUGGGCUGUAUUGAUUGACUUUGUGCUGUCAUUUUCCAAGGAAGAGAUGCCACAAACAAUACAGGGCUUCCAGUUUAUCAGGCUUCGAGUGUUAAUCAUGUUCACUGUACUGUAUCUUAUCAGGUGUUAUUUCCUGAUAUGGCUCAUUGCAAUCGGUCAAAAACAGUCCGCCUCCGGAAAUACCCUCGUCAAUUAAUUUUUUUCCUGCUGCUGCAGACAGGUCAUCAUACAUUUAGCAAACAAGCAGCUUUUUAAAGGAUGGACACAUAUCUGUAAAGUGUGCUGCAUCUUCGAACAGCAAUCUACUGAACAUAUUGACCAUAUUUAUCACCCCGUAAAUUGUUCACUUACUUAAUAUGAAACACAAGCAAUUCAGCAAUUGUAGCACACGGCGCUAUGUUAUCAUUACAGAAUCUGGCUGGCUAUACCUGAACAAGUGUCACACAGCAAAGGCAUUAAAGGUAGCAUUGUAACUUCUUACAAACUUAUAAUACAGGUUAAGAGACAAUGAAGAAAUAGAACUGUUGUGUAAACUACCUCAGGUUUGUCAAAUAUUGGCGGUUUCAGAUAAUUUUCUGAUCAAAACUUAAAAAUUCUGCCUAAAAACUAUGUUUUAAGACUUUAUCUAACAAUGUCUGGCCAUAACAUACUGAAUGUGUUUACUGACAUGUUACUGCACAUAUUCAAUUGUUUUCCAAAUGACUCAUGGUUACUUUAUGUUUUGGAGUAAGGGGACUGCAAAGGUGAAAAGUAAUGACUUUUGGAUUGAAUUUUCUUUCAUGAUACUGGCACUGAGUGGGCAGAAAUACUGUAGAAACCACAAACUGGUUAUGUUGUGAUUUAAUCAUCAUGUGUGGUUACUGCUGUAGUUUAUAAGUGGACUAUAUACUUACUUUAUAAUCUUCAUAAAACACUUACACUGGUGACACUGCUUGACAUGACCCACCCUUUGUGUGGAUUUUUUUUGUUUGUUAUGUCCAUGGUAACACGCACUACAUGCCCAGGCAUGAUAUAUCGCCCUACAUAGAAUUCAAAUGAAUGUCGUGCAGCUUUGUUUCAUUUUUUUUACCUUUUUUUUAUUCUUUAUAAUUGCCUUUAGCGCUGAUCCCUUUGUUAAUUCACACACAUGCUGGUACAUGCAUGCUGGGUUUGGUUGAAAUUCAAAUUAAUCUGUAAUAUUUUAGCUAUGCACACUUACAUAUAACUCCAAUGCAAUGCCAUGUAAGUGUGAGGCUUCCCCCCUCCUUCCUUUGAUGUAUUAUGUCUGUUUCACACCCUAAAAGGUGAGAUGACUCAUUCAUCUGUCAGCUAAGGAGAGCAAAACAAUGCCACACCGAUGCCUUACUCUUGUUUUUACAUGCAUACCCUACUGUAUGUCACGCUGCCCUUUCAUCGUUUCACUGUAAAUUAACCAAGUGCCAAAUCAUGAAGGUAAUCUGUCAUCGUAGCCAUCAGCAUUUGAGCAAAAGCAGGAGGAACGUAUUCAGAUGUGAUCUGUUAUGAUUUUCAAACUGAAUAUGAAAUACUACACACAGUGUGAGGGUACGUUUAGUCUUUGUUCGAAGGAUAUGUUCACAUUAUUUCAUCUUAAUGACCAUAUGUGCAUUGACACAGUUUGUGGUGGCUGUUAUCAUUCAUCACUUGAUUUGUCUAACUCCGACUGCUGAAGCCUGAUAUUAGCUGUGGCUGAACUUAAGGAGGUAUUUUUACACAGAAUCAGGACCGGGGAUUUUGUCCCCCAUUAUGCUAGGAUCCCGUCAAAAAAGGGAAUUCUGCAGGGCCAGUACGGACUGGAGGAAUGAUUGUAGGGACUGAUAUCUCUCUCAAUGAACAUAAGGGAGUAAGACAGACUUGAAAAUAUUCCUUUAAUAUGUUUGCCCUAUUUGAAGGAGUCAUACACAUGUGAAAUCUCUACUGAUCAAGAGUAAUAGCUGAUUAUAAUUAUAAUUUUAAACGUUAAUGUGUGUGUUAUCAUCUGUUUCACCUUAAGAACUGUUCUAACCUGUUCUUUAUUAUUUGGUUAUUCUGUUGUACAGAUCCGACUAAUAAUUCAUGGCGGGUAUUUUAUGAAGCGUGGAUGCAAGUUAGCGUGUUUCUGAGGAAGAGCAAUUGACAGCAUAUUCUUCAUUUUAUAUUCUGUAGAGGUGCUGAUCUUUAUUUCUUAAUGGGUUUGUGAUAAAUCCACCGGAUUUGUUUUCUGUGUUAUUGCACUAAUUAUAUCUGUGGAUUUUUUUUACUUGUUAUUAUUUAACAGUUGUCAUCUCAUCCAAAGAAAACAGUUAAACGGUGAGUCAUGUCUAAAUACUACACUGCCAAGAAAAUUCAAAUGUGUGUAUAUAAGCUUUUUGUAUUUUAAAACGAGUCAAACGCAUGCAAGAAUACAGAGUGGCUGAAGCUGAACCUCUGUACAUAUCAUCUGUAUAAAUUCCAGGGAUUUCUUAAAAAACAAACAAAAAAAACCCAAACGCGUUCAAUAUAAAAUAAAGUAAACUUCUUGCAGCUCA